CUGCUGAAGGCAGACGAAGAAAUAAACAGCUGUAAACUAACUGCUUAUUUUCGAUUUUUAUAGUGUUUGUUUACCAAAUUAAGUGCAAUAAUCUAAGAAAAUUACUCCAAAAUGUUUAAAACACUGUAUUAAAAUUAUUUGCAAAAAUUUCCUAGUGAUAAAUCAAUUGUAUAUUCAUCUGAGCAUUGCACGGAAUUGACAACUCGUUUUAUUGUGUUUACGGUACUAAUUCAUGUCACCUUCUAAAACGGAACAUCGAAUUUGACUCGUCCCAAAGAUAAUAAAUUAAUCUGAUAAAUGGAGCAGGCGGUGAGAGGCAGCAGUGUGGUUUUGUUGUUUUGAAAGAGUAGCAGACAUGGCUGCUGGGAACGGAGUGGGUGAUAAUGGCGGCGGAGGAGGGGCGGUGGGUCACGGCCACCGGAGGCAGGAGUCGAUGUACACGAUGACCGGCCUCUACUCGGAGGCGGAGGCCACAGACACCGACAACGAGGCCGGACCGAGUGAUGCCGCCCCCGCCGCCUCCACCCCCGCUUCGACCACCGCCUACGACACCGUCAUCAAGUGUCACAGCCGGAAUCCGUCCUCGGGCAUAGUCGACAGUGAACGAGCAAAAAAUGAAGCUAAAGAGAAAAGUCAUCCAUCCUUUCCAGAAGUGGCUGGAAUUAUACCACAGGAUAUAAGAGAUUGUGGCAUAUUUGCAUGUCGUCCGUUUCUUAUACAAAGUUUUGCAAGCAUUAAGGUGUUUGUAUUGAUGUUAUCAUUGCUUGUCACACUACAGCAGGCUCUGAGCUCGGGUUACAUCAAUUCAGUAAUUACUACAAUAGAGAAGCGAUUCGAAAUACCGUCGAGUUUAUCUGGUCUAAUCGCUUCGUCGUAUGAAAUAGGAAAUGUUAUAACUGUUAUUUUUGUCAGUUAUCUAGGAAGUAGGAGACACAUUCCAGUGUGGAUUGGAAUAGGUGCUGUGAUAAUGGGAAUAGGUUCUUUAAUAUUUAUGCUACCUCAUUUUACUGCUGAGCCGCAUCUCAGUUCACGUAAUGCCAAUGCAACAUCGGAAAAUAUUUGCAGAAUUGUUUCAGUGCGUGAACAAGAUAUGGGCCUCGGAAGAUUAUCUUCAGGGCUCUCGUCGCCUCCGCUGGCCCCCAAUAACUUACGCGAGAACUGCAUAGAGGGCACGCCGUCGACAACUGGCCCCGUGCUGCUGUUCGUCAUCGCUCAGCUGCUGCUUGGCUGCGGAGGCUCUCCACUCUUCACCCUCGGCACUACCUACAUCGACGACCACGUCAAGGCCGAAAACUCCUCGCUUUACAUAGGUUUUGACGAUUCAGAAUUAUUCCCAGGCUUUCCCGCGGAAAAUAAUGCGAACAAUGCCAACGACAAUGUCAAUAACAAUGAUGAGUACGAUGACAUUGAUAUCAAUGAUCUGCUAAGAUUCCAUAACAAUGAAGCUCCUCCGUCGGUGAGUGAAAGUAUAUUGAAUGAUCUUGAUGAACAAAUAGGUUUUGACGAUUCAGAAUUAUUCCCAGGCUUUCCCGCGGAAAAUAAUGCGAACAAUGCCAACGACAAUGUCAAUAACAAUGAUGAGUACGAUGACAUUGAUAUCAAUGAUCUGCUAAGAUUCCAUAACAAUGAAGCUCCUCCGUCGGUGAGUGAAAGUGUAUUGAAUGAUCUUGAUGAACAAAUAGAACUCAUUGACGAUUCAAUUUUGAUUGCAGAUAUUCCUCGUUCGAUGUGGAGGCUUGUGUGCAACCCAGUGUAUGUAGUUACUUGUCUUGGAGCCUGUAUGGAGCUGGUAAUCGUAUCAGGAUUCGUUGUCUUCCUGCCAAAAUAUUUGGAAACGCAAUUCAGUCUAGGAAAAAGCCAGGCCAGCGUAUUUACAGGAUCAAUAGCAAUUCCCGGAGCUUGCAUUGGUAUCUUCAUGGGAGGGUGUUUGUUGAAGCGGCUGGAGUUGAGGCCGAAGGGCGCCGUUCAGUUUGUGCUGAUUUCGAACACCAUCUGCCUCUCCUGCUACGGUCUCCUCUUCUUCCUUGGUUGCGACAAUGUCAAGAUGGCUGGCACUACCAUUCCCUAUUUUAAUAGUUCGCGAGGAGAGCCGUUCCAGGUAAACCUGACGGCGGCGUGCAACUUCGGCUGCGAGUGUCAUAUGACCGACGUGGAGCCGGUCUGCGGCAACAAUGGCCUCACAUAUUUCAGUCCCUGCCACGCCGGCUGCACGGCGCUUUCCUCCCGCUCCAACUACACCAAUUGUGCCUGUCAUUCGCGAGGAGAGCCGUUCCAGGUGAACCUGACGGCGGCGUGCAACUUCGGCUGCGAGUGUCACAUGACCGACGUGGAGCCGGUCUGCGGCAACAAUGGCCUCACAUAUUUCAGUCCCUGCCACGCCGGCUGCACGGCGCUUUCCUCCCGCUCCAACUACACCAAUUGUGCCUGUAUCCACGGUAACAUGAGCUUGCCGCGCGGAAGUGCGCUGCUGGGCUCGCGGGAGGAGGCGGAGGCGGACUUUGCCGAGGUGACUGUGGUGCCCGUGGCCACGGCGGGGCCCUGCAACUCCUCCUGCCACACCAUCUACCCCUUCCUCAUCCUCCUCUUCUUCAUGACGUUUGUCGUUGCCAUCACGCAGAUGCCGCUGCUCAUGAUUGUGCUCAGGUCAGUGGAAGAAGAGGAAAGGUCAUUCGCUUUAGGAAUGCAGUUUGUGAUAUUUCGCUUGUUUGGAUACAUUCCGGCGCCGAUCCUGUUCGGCAACCUCAUCGACUCAACGUGCCUACUGUGGAAAUCCACGUGUGGAGAGAAGGGAGGAAGGUGCCUACUCUACGAUAUUGAACAGUUCCGAUACAGAUACGUGGGUCUGUGCGCGGGCAUCAAGCUGCUGGCCAUGGCUCUGUUUGCAGUCGACUGGUGGCUAGUCAGCCGGCGACGCCAUCUUGAAGAGGCCGCCAUAGUUACGGUCAACGACCUCCUGCCUCCAUCCAACUCAAUCAUCAGUCUCGACAAACUGUUCGAAGAGAAGGCGCCAACCUUGUCGGCAUCGAGUGUGAGCAGUACGCAGAGCAGCGAUCGCGUUGAUCGUGAUGACAGCGAUGAGAGGGAAUGUGCCGACCAGUCGGAGCCGCUCUGCGACGUGGCUGAGGUUGCCAGGAGUCCAUCUUCUACAUGAGAGGCCUCCACACUGAACAACGCACCCCGCACCAGUGCAAUGCACACACCUUGCUAAAUAGGUAUGAUCAGUUGACCAAGCAACCAGCAUUGAAAACUUGCAAACUAUACUAAUGGCCGAUCGAAUUCAUAUCAUACGAAAAAUCAUCGAAUAAUUGCACAUACUAUAGUUGCCUUUCAUUAUACAUUUUUAAUUUCAAAGUGCAUUUCUAAAUGAUGUAUUUAUUGAUACAUUAUUGUAAUUGAUCUACUCACAUUAAUCAUUCAUUUUAUUGGUGA